UUCACAUUUCACUAAAUCCACCAAGUUGCUGCCGCGUGAUUGGCUGAAUCGUAAACAGAUGUAUCUUACAAAGUGGCCGACAAGUGCAGUACUACAAUUUUCCUUCCAUGAUUAAUAACGUAAACCUAAAGACUUUAUAGGCAAGUUAGGAUUAGCGAAUCCACCGAGCUGUUAAAUCUCAAUAAAACGGGAAUGAGCAGCUUCGGUGAUAAACUUUAACGUUUGGUCUGUUGAAGAUUUACAGCACUAACAUCAUCAUCAUCAUCACCACCACCACCCACCCCCCUCCAACAAGAAAUGGUAAAAUGCUGUUAAUUCCGUUUAGUUACACGAUACUGGCCGUCACAAUAAGCCUAGCAAGUUAGCUACCCAACUCCUAGUGAGGCACCAGUCUUAAAAACACAUAAAAAUAGCCUUUUUCCCUCAUUAAACUGACACAGGUGUGAUCAUUAAUCCGCUAUAUAACAUACAAGUGUGACUUACUUUUCACAGAAGCAGCAGAUGAGCUUUUUGACGCUUAAACUGUGUGAACAACACACUCUUCUACUCCGCACACGUGUUUAGAAGCUUGGGAAAAAAUGUAUUACGUGCUUUGGAAAGAGCUGCAAUAUGAUUGGCUGCCUCGGACAUUCUGAAGACUGUGGCGUCUGAUUGGACAGUGGGCUAAUACCAGGAAGCUAAACGGAAGGUAAACAAACCGUUGUGGAGAAUUUCGUGCUUAGCUGCAAGCUAAAGUGCUUUAAACCCUUUGAGUGUUUGUUGGGUUUGUUUUAAGUUCAUCCGGGAGUCAUGAACAGCUUCCAGGCCGCCAGCCCUCCGCUCUCUGCUGCUGUGACCCAGAUGUUCAACACGCUGGAGUCGGCUGCAGAACAAAUGAUGGUGCACAGAGACUUCCAAGCGGCUUUUGACACAUGUCUCAGUGGUCUGGAGAGUCUCGCCGGCCUGGAGCCCGAGGACAGCAGAUGUGCAGAGCUCAAGGCUGGUUUCUGCAUCUUAGGGAUUCAGGCUCUGGCUGAGCUCAAUCAGUGGCGUGAUGUCCUCUGCUGGGUUCUGCAACAGUAUGAGCAGGAGAAAAUACCAGCGAAGAUCAUGCAGAUGUGUAUACUUCUUUACUCCAAGGUGGGUGAGCCUGCUGUAAUGCAGGAGGUGACCAGAGCCUGGUUACACUACCCAUCCAACAGCAGGGCGACUAGCUUCGGGACGGUGGCAGAGCUGUACCUGCUGCAUGUCCUUGUGCCGCUGGGAGAGGCAGACGAGGCUCGGGAGCUGGUCAGAGGCGAGGUUUUUAGCACCGCCUUCACAGAAGAACACAGACAGACUGCGCUGGAUAUCAUAGAAGAAAAAGAGCGACAAAAUCAAGACCCUCCUCUAAAUGCCAGGAUGAGUGGAAGCUCUGACGUCACCGAACAUCCUGUCUCAUCCCAAGGUACUUUAGUCCGUAAACUUGAGGCUGUGAUCAGGUUUUUAUACCGAAAACUCCUGAUGAUUGGCUCCGGCUCAUUCCCUUUCCGGAGAAUCUUUCUGACUGCCAUCCUCCUCUACAUGCUCUUUUUUCGGAUGGAUCCAGCUCUCCCGUCUGCGUUCAUGUGGAUUUCUAAACUUCUGCAGCUGCUCAAACAGAUGUGGAACGCCAUGUUUGCACCGUAUUAUCAGGCAGUCACUCAGAGCAAAGGACUGUAGAGGACUGAAUAUGCUUGGUCUAUCAUUUUAAAUGAAUUCUCUAAUGACUAUUUGUAAGACAACAUGGAUGAUAUUCACGUCAGAUCUAUAAAACAUUUAAAGUACUCAUUCCAGGAAAACUUGCAUUUUUUUUAAGCUGCAGACUCUUCAGCUCACAUGACACAGCUUCCCAUGAAUUCUGCCCAGCUCCUCACUAAUACAUCCUUUGUUUGUCCAUCUCAAAGCAACACAUGAGUCAUCAAGAGUCUGAUGUGUUUUUUUUUCCAUUCCUUUUUUAAGUCUAGGAAGUGACUCACUGUUCUGGUUCAGAGUACCUAGAAUGAUGAAUGGGGUAAGAAAACAGUUGCAGUCAGUGUAUCACUGUAGGAAUAUGAAAUUUGUUAAAUGAUUAUAACAAUAGUUAUAAUAGUCGGUUUAAGUUUUGUGUACUGCAAUGUGCUGAGGUCCUGUGGCUGCAAAACAAGCCUAAACCAUGACCCCUCUGCCACUGUGCAUGACACGAGGUGUUUGUCCUGAUAUGCUGUAUCUGGUUUUCAACAAACGUGGUGCUCUGCAUUACAGCCAAACAUUGCCACUUUGGUCUCGUCUCUCCAAAGGACAUUUCUAGAAGUGUUGCAUUUGACAUGCUAACUGAGGUCGGUAGAGUCUGGGAUGUAGUUUUUUGCACGUCCAAGAUCAUGCACUGGGUGUGGAAUUUGCUGGGACGUUUACUCCUGAGAAGACUGGCGACUGCUUUGAAUGUUUUCCAGUUGUGAAUAAUUGUUCUCACUGCAAAAUGAUGGACUUCAGAUUGUUUGGAAAUGACCCUAUAACCUUUCUCAGAUCGAUGGGAAGCCGCAGUUACUUUUUUAACUCGUUCCUCCACAAUUACGACAUUUGACAACAACGUUAAUGGGUGUGGAAAGGUGGACAGAGAUGACGUUUUUCCUCCUUGGCGCUGUGUUAAGACACCGGAAUGCUCCAUUCCAGCAAACUUCCAAAACCUCAGCUUUUAUAGAAGUGGUCAUGAUCAAUUAAUCAAGUGCAUUAUCAACACGUUACCAUCUUAAUUCAAAUGGAAGCUGUCAGAUUGUAAUUAGUUUUU